GGAAGACGACGCUCAGCCGCUCAGGAAUCGAAGGAGCGACGAAGCUAAAGGAGGGCGCAUCUAAGCCGAAUUGAAGCAUGAGGGAAUCGAUUAAUCGUCCGCCUACGCCGAGCGCGGUGGAGGAUCGGGACAAGGAGCCUUCUCUCGUAGAAAUCAUUAACAUCAAGUUUGUAGAGAGUGGAGAGAAGGAGAAGCUGACGGAGCUCCUCCGCGAGCGGCUCGUCGAGUGCGGCUGGAUGGAUGAGAUGAAGGCAUUCUGCAGGGACUAUGUAAGGAAGAAAGGAAGAAAUAAUGUGAGGGUAGAUGACCUCAUUCAUGUUAUUGUUCCGAAAGGAAGAGCAUCAGUGCCUGCUUCGGUGAAGGCAGAACUCCUGCAACGUAUCCGGUCCUUCAUGGCUACCACACUUCGGUAGUCAUUUAUCGUGACGGUUGGAGCUACAUGUACCAUUGUACGAACACUGGGAGGUCGAUCUUGUUGGGGACCAAGGGUGCAGGUACUGAGCAUGAAAAGGAUCAGUGUGAUCUUCAUGAUGCUAUCGACAUGUUCCUCGUCAGACAGGCGGUUGGCGUGAUUUCAGGUGUAGCAACACGGAGUUAUAACCCUGAAUACUGUACCGUUAAAGGAACCUUGUAGUUUGUAAUGCUACAUUGCCUUAUCAUUGUAUCAACAGAUGCUUUAUUUCACAAUUAGAAAACAGAAACACAAUCUUGAUAUAAAUGACUACACUAAUGUGCAUCAUGUGA